AUGAAUGGCGGAUCGAGCGCGAAACGGGAGGUGCACGCCCGGUUGACUACCAUCUGCCCGAACGAUGAUCCAGCAGAAAUCUUCUUCGACCUGUGUCCGACUCUCGAGGAGCUCCACGACGUCACUAAUGCAGAUGCUCUGACGAAGAUGAAGAGCCGUAUUGAAACUAUGCUGGCUGCGUUCAACAUCGUUUGUCACAACGGCAAGGUUUCCAAGGACCAUGACUUCAACUUCAUCUUCGAUUCGUUUAUCAAAGGAGCAUCACAACAAUCACUCAACUCCAUGACGCUUUUUGAAGAGUCCAUGGCUUCCCUCGCACUGAACAAGAGCCGCAACGGGGGUUGGUCAAGCCAGGGGACGAAGAAAGAUCAGCUUCUGACCUACUACCUCUGGCGCCUCCACGGCUCAAAGGACGAGGCAUCUCCUUUUCCAGUUUCAGUCCCCGCAACAACCCAGGUCAUGGGAGCCUUCCAGGAAGCCUCCCAUGACUUCUUGCCAUCAUCGACAACAACGCGCGGUCCUUGCUCCAACUGCGGUCAUGCGCAGUCUACAAAUUGGUGCUCUGGAUGCCGCAUCUUGAAGUCUGGCAAGAUUGUCUUCGCCACUUUCUACUGCGAUCGGGGUUGCAUGAAAGCCCACUGGAAGGCCCACAAGCCUGCUUGCAAUGAAGUGCGCGUCCUGCGGCGCGCCGCGGCACUCUUCACUGAGCUCUGGCUUGAAUACUCACAAGUCACCAAUCCUGGCCACAUUGAGUCCGUUACCGAAGACAACGGUCUGAUAGAAAUAAAUCUCCGGCCAAUUGAACGAUUUAAGUCUCUGGUCCAAGCUGUGGCCCGCCCAUUCCCGCGACAUCUUGUCGCGUCGGAAGAGCAGGCGCUGGCGUGCAUGGCGCUGGCAACUUGCGAGGCUGUCCUUGAUCAGGGCAGGAAUCUGUUCGAGCUGAUCAUGCGUCCUGCUUGUGCGGUCGUAGAGGCCGUCCGCGUUCAGUCCAAGAACGCACACAAGACCGCUCACGUUUCCUAUCGCUCCAACCAUCAAACAUUCCCAUCCAUGUGUCUCCACUCAGUCAUCCGGUUUACCCUGCCCUCGGGUUUGAAGUUCGCCUUCGAUCCCACUGGCGCCCAGAACGGUUGGCAAGAACACCUCGCUCCCUGGGACGAAUACGCGAAGCAUCGCGUCCACUUUAUUCAGGAAGUCAGAACGAUCGACGCAUGGGGCCUCGAGCAGUGCAUGGCCAAUCUUGAAAAAGACGUGUUGUCCGCCGGCGGAGGAACCGGACAUCCGGGACUGGACCUGGAACUGGACCAAAAGAUAAGGCUUGCGCUUGUGGCUGUUGCGGUGGAGCCUGGCCUGAGUCUUAUGCUCAGCAAGAAAGGAACGGCGGAGCUCUUUUACAAGCUCUCCAACGACCGUUACGAUGCCGUCAAGGAGCUGAUUAUCAGGCUUGACUUAGAUCAAUCCCAUUGCUUGGUGAAGACCUCAGUCUCGGAGGCGGGGUAUGAGAAGGUUGUAGGCGACGGCUCGGGCGGCGGGAAGCUGAACAGAGUCUGGUUUGAUCAGUUCGAGAAGGUGCUGAUGGAAUGGGAGAAGUGA